CUAAAUUGUUUCAACCUUUUUUACUUCCCGCUCCCCCAUCCCCUCCCACCCCCCCGCCCCCGGCGGAUCUAAUUCUCUCCAGUACUUCCCGCCAACACGAAAGAAAAAGACGCGUAUUUAGCCCAAGACACACGGCGAGCAGAGCGACACAACCAAAACAAUGUCGAAUUCCGGUGCGGCUCCAACCGGCUGUUACAAGUGCGGCCGCCCAGGCCACUGGUCACGCGACUGCCCUUCUUCUGCACCGUACUCUGCCGGCAGCCCUAAUCCUAACUCUAGUUCUGGUCUUUACUCUUCAAAGCCCUCUUCCGUCAACGCCGGCGGGGGUGGUUCAAAGCCGGCCGGCAAGUCCUCCGAGAAGCCCAAAAAGGUCCCCAGGACUAGACCAAAGCUGACGCCUCAGCUUCUUCUCUCUGACGACGGCCUCGGCUACGUUCUUCGUCACUUUCCCCGCGCUUUCAAGUAUCGCGGCCUCGGGCACGAGGUUGCUGAUUUGGGAAACCUAAUUAGCUUAUAUUUUGAAUGGCACUCUCAUGUGCUUCCUUAUUAUUCAUUUGAUCAAUUUGUACGCAAGGUGGAACAAGUUGGUACUACAAGACAUGUGAAGAUGUGUAUUAGAGAAUUAAGAGAACGAGUUGCAAAUGGAGGGGACCCAACAAAAUUGCGUGAAACACCAGUUGAACACUAUGACCCAAAUUCUGAGCAAGGUCUCUCAGCUCCGGCAGAAGCCAUGAACUCUGAGGAGCCAAGUUGUGUUCUGGGAGAUCUAUCUUCGAAGGAUCAUGAUGCUGUUGAUUUAGAAGACUAUAUGCUUCAGGAGAUUUAUAAGAAGGAUACUGAAGAAACAUCUCAGGCCCCGAAAAAUAGCACGGUUGUUGCUAGUAUAGUUUAUGAGGGCAACUCAGGGAAAGGGUUGCCAAAAAGUGGAGGAAGCCCCUCUAUUUUGAUUCAGGCCACAGAUGAACAAAAAGCUCGUAUGGAAGCUAAUAAACUAAAAGCACUAGAGAGAGCUAAAGCUCGGGGUCACUCAUUGCAAGCAGCUUGAGCUACACCUUUUGUUUUUUGGUAGCCCUGUAGUUGUGUCUUGAAAGCUAUCUUCUGGACAAAGCUUUUGUUGUUUAUCAUUUUGUGUAAUGAGCCUUGUUAGGACUCAACUUGGCUUGAAAUUACUACCCAAAAUAAUUUGGGGAAUAAUUUGAAGAAAUACUGGUUAGAUUGAAUUAUGGUUCGUGUCUUAAAGAGUUUUAAACGUUGAGUGAAAUAUAGUUAAAAAAUAAUAUAAUAUUUAAAGUUGUCAAUC